AUGUUUUCGUCCCUCCUUUCUGAUGCUCUAUAUUCUUUUAUUCCGUUUUUUUUUUCAUUUCGUUCUUUUUUUACUUUCUUUUUUUCCUUUCCUUCUAUCAUUUUUUUUUUUUUUUUUCUUUCUUUUCUCUUCCUACAACUAUUUUAUUUUCUUUCUUAUUUCCAUCUUCUUAAUAUGUGUUUCUCUUUUUCCGUUCUUUUUUCUUUUGCUAUGGAUUUUUACAUACAUUUUAAAUACAUUUUCUUUUGCUACGGAUUUUCAUUCUUACUUCUGUUUUUCUUCUAUUUCACUUCCUUUUGUUUAUUUUAUUUGGAUAUUUUUCUUUUUCUUCUUUCUAAUAUUCCUUCUUCUGGUUCGUUCUUUUUCUUUAUCUCUACCGUUUUCUUUUCACUGUCUCUUUCUAUACUGUCUCCUUUGAUUUCUUUUCGUAAAAACUUUUUUUUUAUUUUUCUUUCUUUUUCUUCCUCUUUGUUUUAUUAUUUUACGACCUGUUACUCUUUUUUUGUUUAUGUCUGUUUUCUAUUUCUUUCUCUUUCUUUUCCUUCUUUUUCAUUCGUCAUUUUCCUUAAAACUAUUUAUUUUUCUUUCUUUAAUUUUCUUCUUCCAUUUGUUCCAUUCCAUGCUUUUUACUUUCGUUCUUGCAUCCUUCUUUUUUCUUCUCAUUUUAAUUGUAAUCGAUUUUUCUUUUACUCUUUCUUUAUUUCUUUUAUGGCUGUUCUUUCUUAUCUUGAUUACAUUUCUCUUCUAUUUCCUUUUAUUUUUUCUUCCUUUUUUUUCUUUCUUCCAGUUUUCUUUUUUAUACCGUUUUCUUUUUGUCUUUCUGCUCGACAUGAUUUCCUCCCGUUUUCAUUCUUACUUAUUUUCUCUUUCCCUUUUUUUUUCCCCUAUUUUUUCUUUAUUUCAGUUUCUAUUAAUUUUUCGUUUUCUGUCAUCAAUUUUUCUUUCCCUUUUUGUUAUUAUUUUUUCAUUCAUCAUUUUAUGCCCCCUUUUUCUUUUUUUUCGUCAUAUCUUUCUCUAGUUAUUUCUUUCAUUCUUUUCCUUUUUUGGAAAUCUUUUUUUCUUUUACCUUUUUUGCCAGUUUUUCUUUUUCCCUUUUUUCUAUUGCUCUCGAUAUUCCUACUUUAUUAA